GUUCAACUCCAUCCUACCGGUUUUGUUGAUCCGGCGGAUCCUACUAAUCCGACCAAGUUCCUGGCGCCGGAGGCACUUCGAGGGUGUGGUGGCAUAUUGCUGAAUCAGAAAGGGGAGCGAUUUGUCAACGAGCUCACAACCCGUGAUGCGGCAACGAAAGCAAUCAUGGAAAACUGUGAGCACCUGCCAAUCGAGCUUGUGCGAAAUGCUGGUGGUUCGAUCAACGGGGUUGUGGUCUCUGAACACUUCUAUGAUGAGGAUGCAUUGAAGAGUCUCCCGAUUUCGGCGUAUAUGGUGCUUACGGAGGAUGGUGUGUUCCAGUUUGAUAGAGCGAUUGCGGAGUUCUACAUUAGCAAGGGGCUCAUCAGGAAGUUCGAAAAUGCGGCCGCGUUCGCAAAGGACUUCGCUCUCCCAGUGCACGCAGUGACAGAAACUCUCGAGAACUACGGCAGGGUAAAGGAAGAUCCAUUUGGCAAGAAGACUUUCCCGACGCUGUUCAGCUCGAAGGAGCACAUUUACGUGCUAAUCAUCACGCCGUCGCUGCAUUAUACGAUGGGAGGACUGAAGUUCGAUUCGAAUGGCCAGAUCCUCAAGGACAAUGGUGACAAAAUUCCAGGGCUUUUUGGGGCAGGAGAGGUGACAGGUGGUCUUCACGGUGGGAAUAGGCUGGCUGGAAACUCUCUCCUCGAGUGCGUCGUCUAUGGAAGAAUCGCAGGUGUAAAUGCAUGGAAGAGCAAGAAGUUCACGCAUGGACUCAUCCGUCGUCAGCACUCUUACAGGGACAGGGCAGGUGUUGAACAUCCAUCGGGAUUGCUGCCAACGGAGUUCAAGUCGCUGCCUCUUAUUGAGCGGUACGUGCCGAACAAGUCGUGUGCAGUGCUGAAAUAUGCACUGCCAUCGAAGAACCACAUGCUCGGUCUCCUGUGUGGCCAAUACCUGGCGGUACGUUAUAGGGCGCAGAGGGAAGAUGAAGAGGACGUGGUUCAGUAUUAUUCACCGAUGACGCCGGCGGACGAAUACGGCCAUGUUGAGCUGGUCAUCAAGCACACGAUGAUCGCGCCUGGUUCGAUGCCUGACAAGAUGAUGAAGAUGGCUUUGGGUGAGACGCUGGAUUUUGCAGGUCCUUUGGGCGGGUUUAUGUACGAGCCAAACAUGUAUUCAAAACUGGGCAUGAUUGCAGGAGGGACUGGUAUUUCACCAAUGAUGCAGAUCAUACGGACGGUUACGCGGCACCCCGCGGACAGCACACACCUUUCCCUCUUGUACGGUAAUGCAGAGGAAGACGACAUACUCUGCAAGGAGGAGUUGAUGUACAUAGCCACCACUCGUGAGAACGUCGAUGUACACAUGUUCCUGGAAAGGCCUCCUUGGCGAUGGACAAUGGGGCGAGGUUUUAUCACUGAGCAAGCAAUCAGGGAGAGGAUGCCGCCACCUCACUCCAACUCCAGAAUUAUUAUGUGUGGGCCUCCGAUCAUGAUGAAGGUCAUGAAAAGGACCUUGAAGAAGAUCGGAUAUCCCGACUACCAGCUCUAUGUCUUCAACGAUCCGGAGAGUGAUCCCGCUGUUGCACGGGGGUGAUUUUCUCCCCCUUUCUGUCAAUUUUCUUGUUGACUGAUGCAGACUCGUUGCAGAGAGAAAAAUGGGGAGGUGCAGGCGCGCCCGCUGCUUUUGCUUUCAUGUGUUGCCAUCUUGAGAGAGGGCAGGAGAGUUCCAUUUAUUAGGGACUGUGCUUGCAUGCCACGGGAUCGUCUGGUCCUAUGCUGGCAGUGGGAGGGAUGCAGCGCGGACAUUGGUGUUUCAGUGGGUUUCAUCAGUGGAAUGGUUAUAUCUCUGGUUGGAGGCGAGUGGAUUUGGCCUCUCUUUAUGAAUAUAGGCAAUGUUGCCGACCAAUUUGUCGGGCUGUUGUUUGGCCUCGAGAGUCCUGCGCACGUGGGGGAGAGUGGGAAAGUUUGAUGGUCUCUCUGCAGCUGUGUUUGCGUCUGAGUAAUGACCGGACCGGUGAUGCGUCCACGGUAGAGUUUGAAGAUCUUCGGUGCUAGACGAUGCUCCUGAGCUCCGCCGAAGUGUUUCUAUGCUAUGGCUAGCUUGUCUUUUUUUUUCAGUGGAUUGGAUUGAGCUGGGUAUGUUUAGAGUCGAGCGGUAUGGUGGCGGCUUUUCUUUAUGAGGGAUUUGUUGUGUCAGGUCGAAGUUACUUGGUCGUAUUUACAUGUGGAGCACACCCGCGGGUGAAUCCUAAGUCUUGUAGAACGAACGGCUCAGGUGACGGAGGCUGGUGGGUCGCGGUGUAGUUCACGAGUCUUUUGUCUACCUUGUGUGCUUCGGUUCUGCAGUGCGAAAUACAAAGUUGGCAGUCUGACGUGGUUUCAGUAUAGCACUGCAGAUGUCGUUGCUGACUGAACGGUGGCCCUGCUCAGCAGAAGGUCCUUAUUCUCGGAUGCUCCCUUAUGAUGGCACUUUGUGUAGUUGAUGUAUGUUGGGGUGUAUGCAUUGUACGCUGAGUGGUGCCGCUCCAGCAGAUAUUGGGCGAUGCACACGCUCUGACGUGAUGUUAGAUUGGUGGGGUAGCAUCUGCCUGUUUUAGUCAAUGUCUCCCACGUGUACUUCCGACUGGCCGGAGAAUCGUUCCGGACAGAAGCGGUUUGGUGAGAGAUUCAGAUCGACUUCUACCUACCUCAUACGGUGGCAUCAUGGUGUAUCGUCACACCGGUUCUAAGGCUGCUCGAUGGAUUCUCAUCUUGUCCGCCACAGUGUGCUUUGUACUAGGAUUGGUUACAGAAAGGCUGGCAUCAUUUCGUAGCUCUUUGGGUUGCCGCCUUGGGACUUUGUUGGGUUGUUUUUUGCUCUGGUGCCCUUGCACCAGGUCCUACGCGUUGGGUUUGCCCAUUCUAGUUGCAAGGUGGAUUCUUCUCGUUGCAAUGUGGAUUCUUUCGGAAGCUUGGAUUAAGAAUAAUCCGUAGGUUGGUGAGGAAUAGUCUGUUGCUGCUUCACGGCUGAUGUCUUUUUCUGCAAUGCGGCCGUCUUGCCUGUGUCUGUCGGACUUCGGCCGUGUCCGCCAUGGAAGAGUUUGUCAGUCUCUGCAUGUUUGUGCUUUUAGUCUUGCAGUAUGCAUGGUCUCAAUCGUUUGGUUGUGUGUUUGGGUUCAAUGGAAGAAAGCUAGAAAAAGGGGGUAAUAAAUUAAUAAUAUGGUGCUAAUACCGAACUAGGGAAAUAGCUUAUCCGUCAGUGUCGUCCUUGCUCGUCUCCGUCAGUCUUUCAGUCUACGACUCUACAUGUUUGUGCUGUUAGAGGCUGAUCCCAAUCUAUUACAUGACUUUUGGAAAAUAAAAUUCUUUUUAAAGU